CUUUUCAAUUCUCAACCGCAACGACUCGACAGAAAGAACAACACCAGAAUCGCCAAAGAUGUCUUUCCGCGGCGGUGGACGAGGCCGUGGUGGCUUUACCGGCGCAAACCGAGGAGGUCGCGGAGGUUUUCAGCAGUCGUUCGGCCCUCCAGCACAGGUUCUAGAGAUGGGCACUUUCAUGCAUGCUUGUGAGGGUGAGAUGGUUUGCGAAUCAAUCAAUCCCAAGGUUCCCUAUUUCAACGCUCCCAUCUACCUCGAGAACAAGACACCGGUUGGCAAGGUCGACGAAGUUCUUGGCCCUAUUAACCAAGUCUACUUUACAAUCAAACCACAAGAAGGAAUCGUUGCGACUUCAUUCAAAGCUGGAGAUAAGUUCUUUAUCGGUGGUGACAAGUUACUUCCAUUAGAAAAGUACGUUAAUAGUUGCGACUAUAAAUUAAUCACUGCUAAUCGCACCACUUAGGUUCUUGCCCAAGCCAAAAGCACCUCCUGGUAUUAUCCGAUCGAUAACUAUGCUAUGUUGUUUAAAUUACUAACACAUUCAAGGUUCUAAAGUCAAGAAGCCUGCUGGUGCUCGGGGAGGAGCCCGCGGCGGCCGGGGUAGUUUUGGAGGACGAGGUGGUGCUCGUGGCGGUCGCGGGGGACCUGGUGGCUUCCGAGGCGGAUGGGGAGGAGGUGGUGGUGCACCCCGGGGUCGUGGUGGAUUCUCAAGAGGAGGACCUCGUGGAGGAUCUCGUGGAGGCUUCCGUGGACGUGGUUAGGUGGAAUAUAUCUUCCUGCAUGUCUCUUGAUAUUUUUUUCCGGCGUUUUGGGAAUGGACACGGACACUUUUCUUUUGCUGCGGCUCUUAUGCGUAUCUAUAAAAGUCUACCGCCUAGUGAAAUAGAGGUUGUAAAUUACUUCACCAUAGUC